ACGCUGCACACUGCUGGAAUUUGAUCAUUGAACAAGUUUAUUUAUUGGAGCCUACUAUUUUAAACUUUUACGCGCAUGCAUGCUUGUGGAACCGAAACUCCUUAAGAAGUUAUUCUAUUUCCAAAAAAUUAGAUUAAAGGAUGGCUAGCACUGUUAAUCCGUAGUCUUCACAGAAACCUAAUGCGGUUCUGUGGCCGUGCACGGUCAAUUGAAAUUCUAUAUAGUUUAAUUUAGACGAUUCAGUGUGGAGAUAAAUACGAACCGGCACUGAAGUCAUUUCAGUUCAGUUAAAGUCAGUUCAGUACGAGUCAGUUCUGUAGUUCUUUUUAUACAGUCAGGUUUUUAAUUUCCAUAUUUUAAUUUUGAACUGAAGAGAGUUCAUUUCAUUUUUCCUGGCGACAGUGACUGGAUUUAACCAAACAUGAAGGACCCUUUGAAGGAUUUAAAUAUUACGGAUCUGGCGACCAUGGAAGAGAACGGUGACUUUGCUAUCGUGUGCCUAAAUAAGCAACGCCACAGUUCAUCCUCGUCCUCCUCUAUCGAGGAGAAAGAAAGCAACAGAUCUGAGAAGCGGAGGGUUAAACCGAUCGCACUUGAUUACCCGAAAAAAAACGGGGAAAUUCUUAGUGGUCAGUACGGGAUUAAUUUACUCCUUUUCGGAAUUGCGUUGAUGCUGGGUGUCUCGUACCACGGCUACUCCAUCAAGGAAAAGCACUUGUUGUCAUUUAUCACGACAGUCAUGCUUAUUCAACUGCUCUGGAUGCUGUGGUAUGUCGUCCGAAGGGACCGACAGAAAAAUUCCGUUCCAGAAAAGGAUUCGCACGCCGGGACGCGAUGGCUAAGAGGUGGGCUGACGAUUCUUGCUCUGCUUUCCCUGAUAAUGGAUGCUUUUCGUAUUGCCGUUUACGUGGGUUAUAAAGAAUGCCUAUCGCCCACAUUGGGAGUUUAUCCUGUCGUCCACGUGCUUCACACAGUAUCACAGGUAUAUUUCCUUUGGUUUCACAUCAAGGACGUGAUCAAGACUUGUCAGACCUUUGAAAGGUUUGGAGUGAUACAUGCCGUCUUUACAAACUUGCUUCUAUGGUGCAAUGGGGCGAUGUCUGAGUCCCAGCACUUUCUCGAAGCCCAUAAAAAACGCCUGGCUUCCCUGGGUUUUAUCAACUAUACAGGAGGACACGACGAGCCCCAUUGCGAGUGCGCUAUCAGCAGUUGCUCAAUGUUCUCGAAAAGCCUGUACUAUCUGUACCCCUUCAACAUCGAGUACCACAUCUUCGUCUCCGCCAUGCUCUUUGUCAUGUGGAAGAACAUCGGCCGCAUCAUCGAGCAUCAGCACAAGAGGGAGAAGGAUGGGCUCCGGGUGACACGGCUAGUUUUGGGCCCCAUUCUGGGCCUGGUGGCUCUUGCUGGAACCAUCACCAUCCUGGUGAUCUACAUCAUGCAGGUGGAGGAAUCUCUGGAGACCCACAGGAUGGCGAUAUCCAUGUUCUACUGCCACGGGAUUGUCAUGCUGGCCUGCAUGUGCAUCGCAGGAACUCUGGGGCUGAUCCUUUACAGGUUGGACAACCGGCCCCUGGACGCCUCCAAGAACCCUUCGCGGCAGCUGGACACGGAGCUGCUGUGUGGCUCCUCAGUGGGCACCUGGCUCAUGUCCUGGUGCAGUGUGAUUGCCGCGGUCGCCACCCAUAGCAACCCCAGGUACCGCUGGACCAUCUUGGCCUACUCUCUCCUGCUGGUCUUGGAGAAGUACAUCCAGAACCUCUUCAUCAUCGAGUCGCUGUACCGUCAACAGGAGGCCGUUGAGGAGGGGGAGGGGGAGGGGGAGGGGGAGAGGGGAGGACCUUCCGGAAUAUUCUCGGUGUCCUCCCAGGUUCCGUCCUGCAGGGGCAUCGUCAACCAGGCCUUUACGAACCAGGAAAAUGUGUACGUCUCCUUGAACAGCAGUCGGCUGAGGAACGGGAAUGUCCCCCUCUGCUCCCUAAAUCAGGAACUGCAGGAACCACCUGUGGUACCGGUGUCUCAAGACAGGGCGGGAAAACCAGACAGGAGGCAAAUUCUCCGCAAUAUCGCCAUCUUCUUGUUCCUGUGCAACUGUUCGCUAUGGUUGCUGCCGGCGUUUGGCUGUCGGCCCCAAUACGACAACGGGUUGGAGCAGGAGACCUUUGGGUUCACCAUUUGGACCAUGGUGCUGAACUUUGCCAUGCCCCUCAACCUCUUUUACCGCAUGCACUGCGUGGCUUCUCUCUUUGAAGUAUUCCAGCAUGUGUGAGCUAAAAUCGCCAUGCCAUGCACCACUCUACCACUGCACGGUUAUAAAUGGGAAUAUCUCUUCACUGUGACAGAUGGUUCUGAAUACGGUGGCUUUACAGGUGAUAAGUUUUGUUUUCAAAAAAUGGAAUGUAAAAUAUUACUUUCACAUCAUGGUCAGAAAUGCAUUACCAGCUAAUUUCUCACCAGUCAGGCAGCUGCAGUCUGCCUGCACAGGAUUCACAUUGGUGGUCUCCUCUGACUCUGCCAGGGUGCGUCACAAUACUUCAAUAAAUGCUCUUUUCCUCCACUAGUCUCCUAUGUGGA